GCCCGUUCGUGCCCCUUCCCCCGCCCAGCCGCUUCCCACUUCCAAGAUGGCUGCGAGUGGAGCGGAACAGUUUCUGGGACCAAGAUGACUGAUGGAAACCUUUCCACCUCUACAAAUGGCAUAGCCCUGAUGGGCAUUCUGGACAGGCGGCCGGGAAACACGCUUCAGAGCCUGCAGCACACGAGCGUCACGGCGCCGGAGUACAGGCCCAGGCUGAAGCUCGAGGUCUUGGAAGACCGGGACAGCCUUCAGUCGGUGGACUCCGGCAUCCCUACCCUGGAGAUCGGCAACCCCGAGCCUGUGCCCUGCAGUGUGGUCCACGUGAAGAGGAAGCAGUCGGAGUCUGACAUUGCCCCCGAGCGGGCCUUCCAGAGUGCGUGCCCGCUGCCUUCCUGUGCGCCCCCGGUCCCCAGCGGUGCCGAGCGGGAGCAGGUUGUGCGGAAGUCCUCCACCUUCCCCAGGACCGGCUACGACGCGCUGCGGCUCUGCAGCCCCACCGCCAAGGCCCUGAGCCGCAGUGACGAUGUCUCCCUGUGCAGCGUGUCGAGCCUCGGCACCGAGCUGUCCACCACGCUGUCUGUCAGCAAUGAGGACAUCCUGGACCUCCUGGUCGCCAGCAACUCCAGCGCCAUCGUGACCCUGGAGAGCGAUGACAACCUGCAGUUUACCGACGUCACACUGAGCUCCACUGAGGAGACCGGUGAGGCGCACCCUCCCGGCUGUGCUGCAGACUCCCAGGAGGGGAGGGAGCCCAAGCUGUUAGGACCGCUAAGCAGCUUCUUUACGAGGAAUUUGCUUGCUAGAAAACAAAAUGCAAGACUUGACAAACAAAAUGACUUGGGAUGGAAGUUAUUUGGAAAAGUACCACUCCGAGAGAAUGCUCAGAAAGAUUCAAAGAAAAUACAAAAGGAAAAUGAAGACAAGGCUGGAAGACCUAGCCGGCCACCUUCGCCGAAGCAGAAUGUGAGGAGGAAUCUUGAUUUUGAGCCUCUUUCCACCACCGCCCUCAUCCUCGAGGACAGACCAGCCAAUCUCCCUGCGAAGCCAGCUGAUGAAGCCCAGAAGCACAGGCAGCAGUAUGAGGAGAUGGUGGUGCAGGCCAAGAAGCGAGAGCUCAGAGAGGCCCAGCGGAGGAAGAAGCAGCUGGAGGAGAGGUGCAGAGUGGAAGAAAGCAUCGGAAACGCUGUCCUCACCUGGAACAACGAGAUCCUGCCCAACUGGGACACCAUGUGGUGCUCGCGUAAGGUGCGUGACCUGUGGUGGCAGGGGAUCCCGCCCAGCGUGAGAGGCCGAGUCUGGAGUUUAGCUAUCGGCAACGAGCUGAACAUCACCCACGAGCUCUUCGACAUCUGCCUUGCCCGGGCCAAGGAGCGGUGGCGGUCCUUCAGCGCUGCGGGCGCCGAGGCAGAGAACGAAGAUGCUGGGUUUUCAGCAGCAGACAGAGAGGCCAGUCUGGAGCUCAUUAAACUGGACAUUUCCAGAACAUUCCCUAACCUCUGCAUUUUCCAGCAAGGCGGCCCGUACCAUGACAUGUUGCACAGUAUUUUGGGCGCUUAUACUUGUUACCGGCCAGAUGUGGGUUACGUACAGGGCAUGUCCUUUAUAGCCGCAGUGUUGAUCUUGAACCUAGAUACUGCAGAUGCCUUUAUCGCUUUUUCUAAUCUCUUGAAUAAACCCUGUCAAAUGGCGUUCUUCCGAGUGGACCAUGGCCUUAUGUUGACUUAUUUUGCUGCAUUUGAGGUAUUCUUUGAAGAGAAUUUGCCGAAAUUAUUUGCUCAUUUCAAGAAAAACAACUUAACUCCAGACAUCUACCUAAUUGAUUGGAUCUUCACCCUGUACAGCAAGUCCCUGCCCCUGGACCUGGCCUGCCGCAUCUGGGACGUGUUCUGCCGGGAUGGGGAGGAGUUCCUCUUCCGCACGGCCCUGGGUAUCCUGAAGCUGUUCGAGGACAUCCUGACCAGGAUGGACUUCAUCCACAUCGCCCAGUUCCUGACCCGGCUGCCUGAGGACCUGCCGGCAGAUGAGGUGUUCGUGGCCAUCGCCACCGUGCAGAUGCAGAGUCGGAACAAGAAGUGGGCACAGGUGCUGGCAGCGCUGCAGAAGGACAGCCGGGAACAGGAGAAGGGCAGCCCGGCGCUCAGGCACUGAAGCUGCAGGCCCUUGCACUGCCCCAAGGCACAUCCUGGUGGCGCCACUGUCUGCACCUGGCUGCGGAGCGAACAGGGGCUCUUGGAACCUUU